GUUGCUAGUCAAGGUGUGUUGUAAAUCUCACUGGGAGGAUAUGUCAUUCUUUCCAGCUGUAUAACACACAUUCGUCAGAGCUUCACACUUCGUCAACAAGAACUCUGAGAAACAACCGGAACAGUAUGCUGCGUAAAUGUGCGCUUUUGCGCUUCCUGGUCGGUGAGUUCGGCGUAACGGACGAAGGUCUCGGACUGUCUGUCCGAACCGAUCAGGACUGUGUUUCUCUUGUGACCUGUUGAAGCCUCCUAAGAAACGAAAUAGCGAAGGAUAUUAUUCGUGGGGAUUUUGUUCUGUUCCAUCAUCAGGAUCGCGUUAAUCAUCUAUUGGUAACCAAAGCGAAACUAUUGCGCAAUGGACUUGUCACGGUGGAGACUUCUGCUCGUCUUUUCUGUUGACUGGUUUGUGUGUUCACUUGAACAAGUUCCACACAACCCACAAAACAACAUCAUCUGUCCUCAGGGUCUUUUAAAAUGCAGCGUGAAACCUACAGACCCUCUCCGAGCCCAUGAUGUGGAUUGUGGUCCUGUACUAAUGUGCUCUCUGUCAGUCGAGCCUGAAUUGUGCUGUUAUGAUAAGCGCUGCAAACCGUGUUUGUGGAUCAACAUCCAGUUGAGUUUUAUUCCGGAUGCUGAGUUUGAGGAGGAUGGAGAAGGGUCUGGAUAUGACCAUGAUAACAGAGGAGCUUGGGAUUCAGGUUGUGUUUCACUUCCAGACAACACAACUGAAGGUCAAAGUGCAACCGAUUAUCAUCCCUGUGAAGAUCAGAUGGGUUCUCAGGGCACGCCAGCUGGUGUGACAAUAUGCUACAAUUCGGCCGGCGUACUUCAAACAUUGUGUAAGAGAUUAGACUUCACAGUGUCUUCUGCUCGAGAUCACAACACAUUUAAUAUGACUCUGGUGGAGUAUGAAGAUAUUGACUUUGGCAAAACAAUGAAGAUUUCUGUCAGAUCUUUCAGUCAUCUGGUUGAAGUUCCAACAUUAAAAACAGUGUGUUCUUCAGCCCAUCACGAGAACAUAACGGAGUGUAAAGGACCCAGGGUCGAUUAUGUAAUAGACAAACAGAACGGUGUGGUUAGGAUGAAUUGUGAGGCUGGAGAUGCGUCUGAAACACAGCUCUGUAUGAAACGUGGAAAAGUAGGAAAUUGCAGGCUUCUUACAAGUAACAUCAUUCCACUGGAGUUAAUCACAGACUGCACAUGCUUUCAGGCUUGGAAACAAGAAUCAGCACGUGUGGAAUUCUGUCCAUUUGAACACAAUCAAGAGUUUAAAGAAAAAGUCCUGAGAAACGUGUCUGUGUUGGUGUACCACACUAAGACAUAUGAUGGUCAGCAUGUGCUGGGAUGGGAUCUGUCAGCCCCCUGCAGGAUCAAAGCUGAACUGUGGCCCUGUCACCUCCGAGCUGAUGGAAAAUGCACAGAGAUUCAUGGAAUCAGAAAGUGGUAUACCAAUGAGACACAAUGGGAAGAGAAUGUCACAACGUUACGGGCAUCCGGUAGUUUCGUGAAUAUCAAGUCUCGGAAUCACCAGCAGCUCUGUGUGAUGGUUAAAGCUGAUGGAGAACUUCCACAUUACUACUGCCAACAUUCCUUGAAACGGCAGUAUUGGAGUCUUCUUGUUCCUCUGACACUGGUCAUCGUGUUUCUGACCGUUUUUGGAAUCCUUCUGCUUGUGCACAAACUCAAACGGAAGAUCAGUGGAUGGGAGAGACAAUGUCAUUCUCAAGAUACAAGGAGACAGAUGUUGUUGCUUCAUUCAUCCGCGACCAACCACCAAGAACAGCUGGUGUGUAAACUGGGCCGGAUGUUUUCUGAGCUGGGCUUUGAUGUGUUUCUAGACCUUUGUUAUCAAACAGAGCUCGGAUCUCUGGGACCGGCACCUUGGUUCCUCUCCAAACUCGGUCAAGUACAGACACACGGAGGCAAAGUUCUCCUGAUGGUUUCGCCGUCAACACUCCGGUAUGCCGAGGAGUACUGGAACAUGUACAAGAAAGGAAAGGACAAAAUACCCCAAACCCUGUCCGCCUGCUCCUCGGAUGUUUUGGGUGCUGCCCUAGGCUGCAUUUUAGCUGACCACCAGAAGGGCGGCGCUCCUCAGCGAUUCGUUCUCGUGCAGUUAGACAACAUCGAACACCUUAUCAAUGAGGAGUGUGACGUCCCGGAGCUGUUACGGGGCUUGCCGCUGUAUAAACUCCCCUCGCAGACUCAAGGACUGCUUGGGGAACUGUGUUCGGAAAGCCCGAACAGCCUGAGCGGGAAGUUAAAGAAGAUGUGGUGGAUGAAGAGAGCGCAGAGGAAGCUGUCUCGAGGACUGCUGAGCGUUUGUAAUGAUAAGAGAGGGAGGACUGAAUCGAUGCUCACUCAGGAGGAUGCACUUAGCCUGGACAUGGAAGAUGUUUACCUGAAAAAGGAACAGUUAUAAAGCUAUCAUGUGUCGGCGUCUGCCUCAAUACAUCACAACUCGGACACCAAAGAAACACAUUUUUGGUGUACGAUAUUAUAUAGAUAUGAUACAUUUGAUAUAGUUUACUUAAAAAUACAUUUUGUCAUCUUUUAUUCACACUCAUGUCAUUCAAAAAUAUCUUCUGAGGAACACACAAAAAAGAUAAUUUGAGAAAUUACACUGUGGUUUUGUGCUUGGAUGUCGAUUGAGGCCGGUGUUGUUCGGUCGCCAUUGUUCUUUAAAAUAUCUUUUGUGUUCGCAGAAGAAAGAUCAGUCAUACAGGUUUGGAGUAACAUGAGAGUGAGUAAAUGUGGGAAGAAUGUUUAACCCUUGAUACCAAAUUUUGGUUUUGCAAUACAGCUUAGUCACUUUAUGAUCAUAAUUUGGUAAACAAUGGUCUAUAUUGGUAGUACAUAGACUGUGUUAGGGAACAUUUGUUUUCUAAGGCACAAAGGAAAACAAGAAAACAUUUAACACUAUAGAGGAAGUAGGCGUUAUAAAGAAAAUUCCAAGGAACCUUGAAUGGAUAAAUAUCAAUGUGUUUUCUCAGGUGUUGUAAAUACCUUGAUUUUUUUUACUAAUGUAAAUAGGCUAUAAGAAAAAAUGUUUUAUAAAAUGACAAAAUGUGUAAUUAAUAUAAACGUUCUGGUCGCACUAA